GGAUGGAGUAAAAAAUUCGCUUGAUUUUCAUUUUCAGCAAUUUCUGUUAUUUUAGUUAGUGAAAUUAAGAUUGCGCCACGAGUAGGAGUUAAGCCAGUAACGUUUCUAUAAAUGGAAAUAUUCAACUAACAAGAUGUUAUUGACUAUACACAACCUGCCGAGUUCUACCCGUUACGCGGAUGUAAAAAGCUUACUGAAGGACAAAUGCGGUCUGACGGAAGUUAUCGUAGACAAUUUGGUGAAUGAGGGUAAAAGCAAGAAAGUCACCGUGGGACUAGCAACUGAAGAUGAUGGCGCGUUUGUGGUCAGAAAACUCAACGGGUUGUUCAUUAACGGGCAGCAGUUGUAUAUUGAGGACAAGAGGCGACCUACGGCUGAUCAGCCAUACCGCCCAGGCGGCCUCGACCCUGUGCAGCCCGACAUCAUGAUGCCACCUGUAAUGGCACCUGUUGUUCCCGCAUGGAACCAGACGGUAUCCAUGCCUUAUAUGCAGCCGAUGCCAGUUGAUCAAACCUUAGCUUAUACGGGCUAUGUCGGCGUUCCUCAGGCGAUGCAUUAUACGGAACCCAUCCCAGUUUCUGCUCAAGUUUCUGGGUACUCAGGGUACGAGGCUGAAGCGUACGCUCCUAAUAACGAGCCUAGAAACCAGGAGCCCAGUGAUUGGGGUAGGAACUCGAGGGAGCAACCUCCCGAAACGUUCCGAAACAAGGAUAGGAAACGUCGUCAUUCUCCCGAAAGACCAGCGGCUGGUAGCAAAAGAUCGUCUAGACUUGACAACUUUAACAAUUCGAAGAAUCGUCGAGAACCUUCUCCACCUCGUAAACAAUGGGCGGACGAGAAUCGCGUUUUUCAAGAGCAGUUCUCUCGUCAGAACCAAAACGUUGAACCCCAAUAUCAACCUAGAGAGCCCAAUCCUGACUACCGGCAAUCCGAUCCCAUGUGGGAACAACAGUCACGCUGGGACGAGCCCAAACCUCGCGCUGAACGCGAGCAACAGUGGGGCAACGAUAAUCGGGGCUGGGAGCCACAACCUGAUAAAACGUGGGAUGAUCAACCUCAAUGGCGUGAGGAACCCAGGCAAUGGGACAACCAACCGAAACCGCAAUGGGAUAGCCCACCGAAACCGCAAUGGGAUAACCGAGCCAAACCGAAACGGGAUAACCAACCCAAACCACAAAGGGAUAACCAGCCCAAACCGCAUUGGGAUAACCAACCCAAACCGCAAUGGGAUAGCCCUCAGAAACCGCAUUGGGAUAACCAACCGAAACCGCAAUGGGAUAGCCCACAGAAACCCCAUUGGAAUAACCAACCGAAACCCCAACGGGACAACCAAUCUAAGCCGCAAUGGGAUGACCAACCGAAAUCGCAAUGGGAAGAUCGAGUACCCGUGGAAAACAUUCGGUCAGAAAGGUACGAUCACCUAGCGGCUAGCGAUGCACGGCGUGGAAAUGAUCAAGAGUUCAAACCGCGGGAUCAUGGUCGCUACAGGGACUCCCGGCCCCGAAAUGACGAACCAAUCAGCAAUCCCGUUUGGACCAGAGAGCCCGAGAAUUCCUUUAGUUCUUCAGGCAGGCAAUCAAGACCUGCAGAAGAAUUGCGAAGGAACCGGCCAACAUCCAAAAACGGACGCGGAGGGAGUGAUUGGCGUGACGACAGGCCGGUCGCACCCCGAGACCGCUCGAGCGGCCGCCAGAAGCCCGACUACGGGAAACCGAAGGAAUAUCCUUCUAGGGAGUUCAAAAGGCAGGCGAGACCCGAACAUGGCCCGCCUAAGGCCGCACCGAAACACGAGACACCUAGACACGAAAGAAACGAAGCGUACACCGCUAAUACGAAUAAGAAUAAUUUUGUUAAAGCGAAGAAAACGUAUCCGCCCGUGUCAGGGCGACCGGUUAAUAAGCCUGUUGGUCUUGAGGUGCGUUUAGACAAAAACAAGCCUCAAAGUCUUCGCACUAUGAUAAAUAAGGACCAAACAAAUCGCCAACAGGCCACUGCUCUGAUCGCCAAAAAAACCCUCGGUGUAGACAUCGAGAAACAAUACUUUCCUAAAGGGCCUCUUGAUGCCUUUAUUUUCAAACAGUUGAAAGCGUGCAUUAAAUCGCGUGUAGACGUAAUAUUCGGCGAGGAACUGAGUGUGCAUAUGCCUGAUGUUAUUCAGCGCUAUAGGGCGACGUUUCCUUUUAAAGACGAUAAGACGUUAAUGGUGCAGAUUCGCGAGAAAAGUACGAGGGAAUAUGAGGCGUUACCGCCAAAGGAGAAAAAAGAUGCAGCCGAUACCUUUCAAAUGAAGAAAGAAAAAGAUGAAGCCGAACGACAGAACGGAAGAGAACAAAAGAAAACCACAGCAGUUCAAGAAGGAACCGCAAAUGUAAAGAAUGUAACCGCAACUGUAAAGAAUGUAACCGCAGAUGUAAAGAAUGCAACCGCAAACGUAAAGAAUGUAACCGCUGCAGCUGCAUCAGCCGCCAACACAGGCCCGCCAGUUCACCCGAGCUUAGCUAAACAGGCUAAGAAGAAACCGGGGGCGCCUCUCACAGAUAAACAAGUCAUCCAACAGAUGAAACUGCUUCGCAAAUGGGAAUACGACCAGGACGACCUCUACAGCAUGGACGAGUAUAAUACCAAGGCCCUGGAGGACGAGAUGGCACACUUGGACAAGUUGUUCUCCGAAGAAUGCUUAAACCCCGCCGAUCAGCAAGAAGCCGUUAUCUGCAAACUCCUUAACACCGACAGUCUGAACGACUUUAACAAGACAAUUCGCCUAUACAUAACCAAGCGUAUCCUCAACAUCCAAACCGGCUUAGCCAUCCGUAUGUUCGCCUCCGGCAAGCCUCCUAAGAAAGAGGCAGUCUUACAGUACCUGAAGAAGCACAGGAUUCAGGCGUCGGCGGUCAAGAAGAGCGUUAAGGGAGCUAUGUUCAUGGUCAAUCUUACCCGGUUUGAGGACUUUGACAAGCUGUGCAAUAUAGAUAAUGACGUCAUUGACGGCAUCCCAAUAAACUUCAAAGCGAUGCACCUCAUCGGCCCGCCGCCGAAAAUAAGCAAGAACCAGAUCAAGUCCAUGCGUCAGAAGAUGAUCGAGAAUCAAAUCGGGGGCUUGGACAGGGCUGAAUUGGAAGACGUGGACUUUGGGGCCACAGGGGACGGUGGCGCAGGGGACACAUGGGACAGUGACGCAGGAGAUAAAUGGGACGGUGACGCAGGGGACACAGGGGAAAAAUUGGACGGUGACGCAGGGGCCAAAGGGGACAUGGACACAGCAUUUGUCGCGGAAGAAGACUUUACGGAAGACAAAUUCGCAGGGGAAGAUUUCUCUAAAGAUAUUGUGAAAACUGAAAAUGAAAUGGGUUUCGCGGAGGAGGUCAAUAUAGAGAACAUUAAUGAGGAGGAUUUGGAGGACUUUUAGCUUUAAGUCCUCCUGGUACAGUCAGCAAAACAAACCCUUUGGACUCCGCGCC